AAUAUUAUAUAAACCAUGGCUGAAAAUCUUCUUCCCCGAGGAGAUGACUUAGCUCGGCAAGAAAAUAAUGGCUUUGGACCACUUUUCAAGCGUCGUGGGAAAACUGCUACUGUCUCUUCAGUUAUCAUGGUUGUGAUAAGUGGCGCGACGCUAUUCUUCGCGGUGAAAGAUAAAGAGAAGGAGUUUCAUUUCCUGAUGUUUACAGCUGCGCUGCUUACCCUCAGUUUUGUUUUCGGUGAACUAUUACGAAGGUUGUCCUUGUUGUUUGAGGAGAUCAAGCACAAACACACGAGAUAUCAAGGAAAGUGGAAGGGUAUAUUUAAGACAACUUACACUUUCGAUUAUGGCAAGUGUAUUUUAGUCGCUACUAUCGCUUCCGCUCUCAUAUUAUGUUAUCAGUUGUAUGAACAAUACGAGGUUUUCUCUCGCCCAGAUUUCGCCAUUUUGUUUUUUCUGAACUGUUUCGUGGUUCCGCAGUUGUUGUACCUUGUGGGUCUCCGACAGCUCUCUCCUGUGGAAACAUCGGAUUUGAACGAAAAAGAAAACAAGAAUGUAGCUGAUGGGCUGGCUUGGAGCUACUACUUUGGUUAUCUGAAGCUGGUACUGCCAAAACUGAAAGAACAGAUUAGCAAAUCGAAACCUGAACUUCGAUAUGCGAUAAAAGAGGAAAAGCUUUUAAUAUUAUUGCCCAAAACGUGCUACACCUGUGCUAACAUCGUUGACGCAGAUGACAGGGUAAAAUGGGUCGACAAUCUUACUGAGCUUUCAAUUGAUAGAGGUGGAAUUAAGAACAGAAUUUACAAGCAUGCGGUAUAUAAGAUAGAGAUGCCCCGCCCAGAUGGAACAGUGGGAGAGUACCACUUUAUCUUGGAGUAUGCCACGCCUCUGAUGACCCUCUACGAUAUGUCUCGACAAGAAGACGCCCCCUUUAACCGUGAGGAGCGGGAUCAGCAGGUGGUGUUAUUCAUCCAAAAAUUGACGGAAAUUCUGGAGAACUCUGAAGAGUGCAGAGGGACUUAUGAAUUAGUGCCAAUUUCAGGAAAUGAUCCACAUGAGAUUUCAAAUGUCCUAGUUGGGAUGCAUAAUGCUGCCAACAUAGAGAUGCACAAUCCAGAAGCUAAUGGAGUGCACUGACCAGAACAAGGACAGCUUUAAACAAAAAUAUUGCUAACUCAAUGUAACAAAAAACUCAGUUUGUAACAUUGUAUACAUAAAUUGCUGAUAUUUUACAGGACCUGUGAUAUACUAAAUGAAAUACUCCUUUAGUGAUCCAUGUAGGACUGAGGAGCCUUCCUUUUUCUUUCUAUUUUUCAGUUAGUAUAAUUAUAGUUUACACAAAAAAUUAUUGAUAUUUAAGAGUACCUGUAAAAAUCCAGAUUUUACUCCUAAAGCCUCAUGGUUUUAAUGAUCAAGAAAAAGGAAAACUUGUUGAUUAUAAUUUAUUGUAUUUAAUCCUAACAAAUAACUGAAUGACAAUUUAUGGUAUUUCUGUUGCUCUGAACAAUCUGGGAGGCCAAAAUGUUUUCCAGAGGUUUGAGAAAGAGAACAAGUAUCCCUGUUCCUUCCAAUCUCUUCCUGACUCUCAACUUCCUAAGCUUGCUAACCAGAAGGGUUGGAUCAUUUUUAUGUUAUUUGAAAAUUUUCAUCAGCCUGUUUGAAUUGAUUUUAGCCUAAUUAAUACUUUGGAUGAUGAACUGCAUAUAGAUCCUUUUCAUGUCAUUUCAGACAAAAAUCUAGUUGCGUUAAUAACUCAUGGUGAAUAAUUUGUUAUGAUCUAGUGGUUAUGAUUGUCAUUUCUGCUUUGCCAUUUUCAAUGACUGCUUA